AUGCCUACGUUUGUGCUUCACGUCAAGGCAGAGCUGGAGAAUGUGCGGACGCUGUCGCUCCAGAAGAGCGCGCACUACUGCAUCGAUGUGAAGGAGAGCGCCGGCAGCGAGCAGCGGGACGGGGUGUACGUGACGGCCAACGACACGCACGAGCUCAGCGGCAGCAAGGGCACCGCGAACUUUGUGAUGAAGUUUGACAAGGCAUCAAAGCACGAGGCCUACCUAAACGUAUUGGAGAUAAAGGGCGUCACCCGAGAUAUCACGGAGGAGGACAACGGCAAGUGGGUGCCUGUCAUCGCCUUCGAGUGCCGUGGCCUAGAGCCGGUGGCGUACCAUCCAGAGGAGGAGUGGGCGGCGGUUGGCGGCGGCGGUCAGAAGUUUGACCAGGUUGACCUGCGGGAAGACUGGGCCGAUUUUGACGAGAAGCUGGGGGAGAGCGUCAGCGUCAUGGGGUUGGAGUCGAAAUUCGAGCUGCACAAAGGGAAGUAG